AGUGUUCAGGAUCUCCCACUCUGGCUGGACAGAGGGUGGAGAAGGUUUCAACAGUGACCUCACCGAGCACACAGGCGCUGCCUCCAGCUCUCUAUACGACGCGCCGUCUUCGACUUCAGCACCUCUUUGACUGACAGUUUGCUGUGUCCCACCUGCGAUGGUCCGCUUGCCGUGGGUCCUCUUGGGCUGCACACUUCCAGUGGUCAAUAGCAAUGUGAUUUCAGCUCUGGGCGCGGUUCUCAGCCAUGGGGAGGUACGGGGACAACUUGCGCGCCUGAACGCGACUGUCGGUGGACGUCUGUACACAGCGAUCCCCUGGGAGCUGCCAUGUUUCUCCGAGUACAAUGGCGAGUCGGUUACGCCAGACGAGGACGCGUGCGCAGCGAUCCAGGCCAACUACACGUCCCCUUUCGAGCGCACGCAGCAUUUUGGCACGUACAUGAUAUCACAAUGGAGUACUUGUCAAGCAAAGCGGCCUGCUGGGGAGUGCCUGCUUAACGUUUCGAAUCCCGAGGACCCCGCAGCUUUCACUGGCGUUGACUGCGAGCUUGGUGAUAUCCCUUCGUACUACAUUGACGUUCAGUGCCCUACGGACGUGCAAGCUGCCAUAGCAUUUUCGAAGUUGACGGGUAUCCGAUUGUCUGUCAAGAACAAGGGACAUGACUACAAGGGCAGGUCAGGCGGCAAGGGCACUCUUGCGCUAUGGGUCGCAAAUCUGAACUCGAUAUCGCACGACGAGUUGUUCGUACCUGAAGGGUGCACGACCAGCUACGACGCUCUGACCAUUGGGCCCGGCGCGAAUACGGAAGACAUCUUCGAAUACGUUGACAGCAUCAACCGGACGUUCAUUGGCGGGUACCACCAAACCAUCGGCGCCGGAGGCGGCUACUUCCUCGGAGGCGGCCACAGCGUCCUCUCUCCUGUAUACGGGCUAGCUGCGGACCGCGUGGUCCAAGUCAAGGUCGUCACACCUGAGGGGCUCUACCUCGUUGCGAACGAAUGCCAGAACUCUGAUUUGUUCUUCUCACUCCGAGGGGGUGGCGGGAGCGCCUUUGGCGUGGUCUUCGAGUCUACACAUCGACUGGAGCCGCAGGUGACCCUGCAGGUCGCGUCCAUCGGCUUUACUGGCCAUUCAAACACGAGCAACCUCGCCCAGUGGUACAGCCUGCUGGUCAACGAGACAUACAAAUGGGGAACUGAAGGUUGGGGAGGCCACAUAACGGGCCCAGCGUUGAUCUACGUGACGCCCCUGCUCAGCAAUGCCGAGGCAAACGCGUCCAUGCAAGCAACCGCCGACUUUGCCCUCGCUCAGGGCGGCACAGCCGUCGUGGAGGAGAUGCCGUCCUACCUCGCUUUCUUCAGCAAGUACGUGCCCACAGCCGAAGUGGCUGUGGGCACGGAGAUCACGCUCGGCACGCGGCUGAUCUCGAGCGAGCUAUUCAACACGACGGACGGCCGGGCGGUGAUCGCGAAGACGAUCGAGAACGUGCUCUCGUUUACGAGCCCGUAUGUCGUCGUGGGCACGCCGUUUUUGUAUGACUACACUCCGGGCUCGACGAGCGUCACACCGGCGUGGUACGACUCUCUGUGGCAUCUGGGCUUGCAUGGUAGCUGGGCGUGGAACAGCACCGCAGAGUACAUCGCCGAUCAGUAUACGGCCAUUUCGCAGCACAUACAGACCUUCCGGGACAUCACCCCAGGCAGCGGAGCAUACUUCAACGAAGGAGACGUGUACGAGCCGGAUCACACCGAUGCGUACUGGGGCUCCAACUAUGCUAAGCUGCUCUCCGUGAAGCAGAAGUACGAUCCUGAUGGCGUUUUCGAUUGCUGGCAAUUCGGCUGGAAAGGAGCCUCAGAUCCGCUGUACGAGUGCUUCAUUCCACUGCCACAAUCAUGACUCGGACAAUACCCCACCGCCUGUUGGUGAACGUCUUAACGAAUCCCAGUAAAGGACGGAUAUCCUCGGACAGUCAAGGAAGGGCAACCUAUCUCAUUGUAAUCUAGUCUAUCUUUUGUUCGAAUUUCCGUAGCUUGGCAGCUGUGCAUC